AUGCCUCUGCCCAAGGCUGCAUCAUCCUCGACGAAGCAUCGCCUCACCCUCGCUCAAUUGUCGGCGUACGAUGACAUCUUGACCGAUGCUUUGGUCGAUCACGUGUACUACUGGACAACCGUUCCAAAGAACAGGCCCUCGUACCACGCUUCGCGGGGCAUUUUGGAGCAUGCCAUGUGCAAAAUCAUCCAGGAUGAAGUCAUCCUCAACAGAAACCUGGCCGCCGCCGAGGAGAGGCUGCUGGCCACGGACGGGCUGAAGCGGUUCGUGGGCGGGCUGAGGACGGGCAAGGAGCAGGACGACUUCAAGCGACACCUGAGGCGCUACGCGCAGAUCUACAUGCCAGACUGCUCCUGGGAGGUCAGCUCCACCAACCGGUACACGAUUGUCUCGCACGAGGCCAGCAUCACGGCGAGGCGGUACAUCAAGCGCAACGAGUCCGUCAGGUACCUGACCGGGAUCCAGGUGGUCAUCACGCCCGACGAGGAGGAGGAGAUUGCCGUCCGCAAGAAGGACUUUAGCAUCGUCGUGAGCUCGCGAAGCAAGAGCACGAGCCUGUUCAUGGGGCCCGCGCGCUUCGCCAACCACGACUGCGACGCAAACGCCAGGCUCAUCACCACGAGCCACGCGGAGAUCGAGAUCGUCGCCGUCCGGCCCAUUGAGCCUGGCGAGGAAAUCACCGUUACGUACGGAGACAACUACUUUGGCGAGGGCAAUCGCGAGUGCCUGUGCAGGACGUGCGAGAAGGGGCGGAGAAACGGCUGGCAGCCCGAGGAAGGUGCUGCUGCUGCUGCUGCUUCUGCUGCUUCUGCUUCUGCUGCCACGGCCGGGCGGGCGGGCACGGAAGAGGAGCCGGAGCCGAAGCAGGAAACGUACUCGCUGCGGAGAAGAAGGCGAGAGGGCAGUUCUGGCGGGUCUCGCACGCCUUCGGUCACUCCGGGCAUGCGGCCGCGAGUGGCCAAGGCCAGGAUCAAGGCCAGGGGCUCGCGACUGUCGGCCGCUCGCGACUCUGACGCCACGUCUCCUGCGCCCGGCUCCCCAGGCGGCCCAAGAAAGCGGUCGAUGGACGACGACGCAAUGGCCACACCUCCUCUGACGCCGGCCAAGAAGCUCAAGCAUACCAUGGAAGCUGCUGCCCCCGUCUACGCCGCCGCCGCCGCUGCCUCGAGGGACAGCUCAGUCAGCGGAAGCUCGGCCUCGGGCACUGAUGAGGCCGCUUUGGAAACAGACGUCACCUGGCCGGAAAAGGAGGACAGUCCUGAGGCGCCUUUUGCAACGCCACUCAAGGGUAGGAUGGGCGGGCAUGACGACACCAAGCGAUUGGAUACUACCAUGGCCGCCACGGCCAUGUUGUCGCCGCCGUCGUCCCAGAGCGACAUGGUCCAAGAGCUCCAGCCCAUGCCCGUUUCGGCCUUGCCAAGCUCGCCCAGCAGCGGCAAGCCGCCAGCCAUGGCUCCUCCCAUCGCAGCCAGCAUAGAGCGCGCGGACGACGACGAAUGCGAAGCGGCAGCCUCGACGCCGCCGCUACCACCACCACCACCGCCGCCGCCGCCGCCGCCGCCCAAGCAGGGACGCGGACGCGCGAGGCAAAAGUCUCCUCCGCCGGCCAGAGUCCGCACCCCAGAGGACUACGUCCUCACCCCGCUGCUGCUCUCGGAGCCGGAGAUGGCGUGGAUCCAGUGCACAAUCUGCAGCGAGUACUUUGUGCAGCAAAACGCCUACUUCACCCGCGCAUCGUGCCCGCGGUGCGAGCGUCACUCCAAGCUGUACGGGUACAUGUGGCCCAAGACGGACAAGGCGGGCCCCCUGGACAAGGAGGAGCGCAUCCUCGACCACAGGAUGGUGCACCGGUUCCUGACGUCGCACGACGAGCGCAAGGCCCGCGGCAGGAAGAGCUUGGCGGAGGGGGGGUGCGGCAGGGCGGCGGGGGAGGAGGCCGCGGAGCCGGAGAGGGGGCGACGGCGGCAGCGCAGGCGGCGGCGGGGGGGGGAGGCCCGCGACACCGUGGUGGUGAAGGCUUCGGAGGAGGAGGAGGCGGAGGAGGAGGAGGAGGCGGCGGAGUCGUCUGGCCCGCGGCGAAGCGGUCGCGCGCGGAGGGCGAGCAGCAAGCUGAGGAACGGGGCGUAG